UCCACGUACGUCCCCGAGGGCGCGUCCCAAAACCCGGAUAACCGGAGCGCUCCCCAUGGACCACACGGAGGGCUCGCCCGCGGAGGAGCGGCCUGCGCAUGCUCCAUCGCUGGGGAAAUUUGGUGAGCGGCCUCCACCUAAACGACUCACUAGGGAAGCUAUGCGAAAUUAUUUAAAAGAACGAGGGGAUCAAACAGUGCUCAUUCUUCAUGCGAAAGUUGCACAGAAGUCAUAUGGAAAUGAAAAGAGGUUUUUUUGCCCUCCUCCUUGUGUGUAUCUGAUGGGCAGCGGUUGGAAGAAAAAAAAAGAACAGAUGGAACGAGAUGGUUGUUCUGAACAAGAGUCUCAACCCUGUGCAUUUAUUGGAAUAGGAAAUAGUGACCAGGAAAUGCAGCAGCUGAACCUGGAAGGGAAGAACUAUUGCACAGCCAAAACAUUGUACAUAUCUGAUUCAGACAAGAGAAAACACUUCAUGUUGUCUGUAAAGAUGUUCUACGGCAACAGUGAUGACAUUGGUGUGUUCCUCAGCAAGCGGAUAAAAGUCAUCUCCAAACCUUCCAAAAAGAAGCAGUCAUUGAAGAAUGCUGACUUGUGCAUUGCCUCAGGAACAAAGGUGGCUUUGUUUAAUCGACUGCGAUCUCAGACAGUUAGUACCAGAUACCUACAUGUAGAAGGAGGCAAUUUCCAUGCCAGUUCACAGCAGUGGGGAGCAUUCUACAUUCAUCUCUUGGAUGACGAUGAAUCAGAAGGAGAGGAGUUCACUGUCCGAGAUGGCUACAUCCACUAUGGACAGACAGUGAAACUCGUGUGCUCAGUCACUGGCAUGGCACUCCCUAGAUUGAUAAUUAGGAAAGUUGAUAAGCAGACGGCAUUACUGGAUGCAGACGAUCCUGUAUCACAACUCCACAAAUGUGCAUUUUACCUUAAGGAUACAGAAAGAAUGUACUUGUGCCUUUCUCAAGAAAGAAUAAUACAAUUUCAGGCCACUCCAUGUCCAAAAGAACCAAAUAAAGAGAUGAUAAAUGAUGGAGCUUCCUGGACAAUCAUUAGCACAGAUAAGGCAGAGUAUACAUUUUACGAGGGAAUGGGCCCUGUCCUUGCCCCAGUCACCCCCGUACCUGUCGUAGAAAGUCUUCAGUUGAAUGGCGGCGGGGACGUAGCGAUGCUUGAACUUACAGGACAGAACUUCACUCCAAAUUUACGAGUAUGGUUUGGGGAUGUAGAAGCUGAAACAAUGUACAGAUGUGGAGAGAGUAUGCUUUGUGUGGUCCCGGACAUUUCUGCAUUCCGAGAAGGCUGGAGAUGGGUCCGGCAACCAGUCCAGGUUCCAGUAACUUUGGUUCGUAAUGAUGGAAUCAUUUAUUCUACCAGCCUUACCUUUACCUACACACCAGAACCAGGGCCGCGGCCACAUUGCAGCGCAGCAGGGGCUAUCCUCCGCGCCAACUCAAGCCAAGUGCCCCCCAAUGAAUCGAACACAAACAGCGAGGGAAGUUACACAAAUGCCAGCACAAAUUCCACCAGUGUCACAUCAUCCACAGCAACCGUGGUGUCCUAACUACCGUCUUUUUGCUGGGACUUAAACUGACUUGAAUGUGGCAAAAAGUUGACAAAAAGAAGGCAAGGAGAAAAAUGAACAAUCUUUUGUGGUUUCUUGGGAAAAUUUUUCAUACCAGGUGAUAAAUAUUCAAAAACCCCGUUGCCUGCAAGUGCUGGUGUGAGAUGCAGAAGCCACAGUGAAACAAAACAUCAAGCUGUUGGAAAUCAAGGUUUUCAGCUGGUUUUUUUGUUUGGUUGAUUUUUGUUUGGUUUUGUUUAAAUGGUCAAGAAUUAGAUACGUGGCUGGAAUAAGGGUUAAGCAAGCUAGAAGACACAAAUCUAACAUAGUUUUUAUGGACCAAGGGACUUGAAUAAGCUUUAGUGAAAGGUACAUUUUCACCAUACCUUUUUUAUAUCACAGUAUGUAGUCCACCUUGUUACCAAAUAGGUUGUUCUCCCCACCCCGAGCUUUGGCUCUCAAGUCCAUUCAGUUCCGGCCUGGCCUUGCUUGUUUGAUCUGAGUGCCGUACACUUCCAGGUUCUUUUGGUCUAAGGCUGGAACUUUCUUUUUAAGCUGAAGUCUUAUGACUUUUCAUAAGUUAGAAUUGUUUUGAUUUCAGCAAGUCAAAUCUUGUAAAGGCCUGCAUUUUUUUUUUUUUUAAGAUUAUAUGAAGUCUGUGCAAAAGCUUUAAAGAAAAUGCCUCUGCCUUGCCUGCAAUACAUGCAAUGUAUGUACCUUAGUCUCUGUUCUCAGAUACUGUUGGUAGUUAUUUCUGUUUUCCUUUUUUGAAAAAAAAAAGUGUAUUUAUAGUGUGGUAAUCUAAAAGGUUCUAAAUACAUGGAGCUCAGUGUGGCCAUUUAGUCAUUUAUGAGUUAAUGGCAGAACAUGGUAGUUUUUGAAGAGUUUGUUCCUCUUUUCAUGUCUUGUCAGUGCAUCUGUGUUCCAGACUUUGUUCAGGGUUCCCUCCCCAUGAAUCUUGUACAUAACUUAUAUUAUGUGUAAGUUAAACAUUUUAUUUUGAACUUGGAAUGUUCCCAGUGAUACAUUCAGCAGGGUGUUUUCUACCUUGUUGGAAAAUGACAAAAAAAAAAAAAAAAGAAACAAUCAUGAGAAUUAUUUGCUACCGAUAUGGUGCCCUUAUGGUAAAAUGAGGAAAGUCUCAGUAAAGUGAUUUAUUGUUUGUUUGUUUUUUUUUGUAACUUAGGCCAGAACAUCAUUAUAAUUCUAAACUUAAGAUCAUAAGAUGGCUUUUAUUAGAUGAUCAUCAGCUAAAUCAAAUGAACUAAAUAAAAUAGCUAGAAGACAGUACCUUAGAAACAGUUGUAAGUUUAUAAAAAUGCAAAUGUAAUUUAUGUUUCCAUUUUCCUUGCCAUUUGUUUGUUGUUUGUUUGUCUUUCUUCCCCAGUACAAAUGUUCUGUCCAAAAAUUAAUUUUCCUUUCAGUUAAGAUAUGGUUGUAUUCAGGGUUGUGUGCCAGCCUUGAGUGCUAAUCUUGCCAUUUUUAUAUUACUUCCAUUCCUGCACUUUGGUAAUGCCUUUGUUCAGUUUCUUAGAAUUAUAGCGGACUUGUUGGGCUACACCUAGUACAGGAACCCUAUGUGUAAUGUUAAAAGACACAGUCUAGUAGCAAUCGUCCUCCUUAGAGUAAAACUACCUCUAGAUUGUGGUAAGCUUUUACUGUCCCAUAAAACAGGAGCCACAAGUACCUUAUGAAUGCAAACUGUAACUUCUACGCAUUUUCAGUGUCUUUUUGUUACCCUGGAUGUUUUGAAAGUUUCCAUUUAGACUUCUUAAAAAUCGUUGGUUAAGAACAUCGUUUUUCCUGCUUUGCUCUUUUUGUCAUUCACUCUUUCACUUUAGACUAUGCCACUGCAAAUGCCACUCCUGACAUCUUUAAAUUGCCUUCUUCUUGGUUUUCAAGAGAAUGACUUCUAUUUAAGUAUGCAGUGGUUAAUGCUAGUGGCAGCGGUUUUCUCUUACUGUGAGCCUUUUGAAUCCUCCACUGCACUGUACUAGCUGUUCCAGCCUGCUCCCUUCAGUCUGCUCCUGCCUCACACCCUCAGUGUGUUUGGUCAAGGGCGGAACUCACUGUGGCCUUAUCUGUCCUCCUUGUAACUGUUCCCUCUUUCUCCUCACAGACUUCUUUCUGAGUAGUGUUUACGCUGUUGAGUCAUGGAAGUGGUUAGCACACAGCGCUUUCUGUUCAGAGCCUGGAAAGGUUUUCAGUGCAUUUUUGCUUUUCCUGGGCCACAGUUUCCUCCACUUCCUAGAUUUGGUAUUUAGUUCAGAAGUCUUAUUAAAUCAACCAGUAGCAAAUGAGAUGCUUUUGAAGAACAAACUCUUCCUUACCCAACUUUGUAGCUUAAAAUAAGUUUUCAAGUUCAUGGCUUUACUAAAAUGAACUAUGGCUUUUUAAAUGUUUAUGUAUAUUAUUUCAGUUCAUUUGUUUAUUUUAAUAAGACCGUUAAAAUAAUUAGACUGUAAAUCAUUUUCCUGUUUUGGGGUUGUUUUGUUUUGUUUUGUUUUUAAAUGAAGUCAAGAAUGUACCAACAUGGCGUCCUCCCCACUGGCUUUUUGCUGGUUUGUACCACAGACUAGAAUGACAUCAUAGGGUUUUUUUUCUCUGUUGUUUUCUGGUAGUUCUCAGCUGCUUUUUUUUUUUUUUUUAAAGUUUUGUGUGUUUGUGUGUGUGUUUGUGUAUUUGUGUAUCACUUUCAGUCUAGGGUUUCUAGGAGUCUUGUCCCUCAGUUACAGCGGAUAUUUCCUCCUGGAUUAUGGCAUUAGAGAUGCUGGCUAUUUACCCUCAUAAAGAUUCUUAGAAUGGUGAAUUAUUCAGUGGAAGUAUAGUAUGUGGAUAUAUAUACAUAUAUAUAUGUAUAUAUAAAUCUUUUUUAGAAUGAUUCUAUGCAGCUUCUCAGAAUAAGCAUAAAUGCAGAUCCCAUGACACCAGUAUGUUUUACGUUUCAUUGAAUUUGUCAUGGAGACUGGGAAGGCAGGCUGGAAACUGAAAAUGUAGAAUGCCCUUUGUGGUGUGAAUGCUCUUCGAGUGACACUGAGUGUGAUACAGACCUUGCUGCUGACCUCUUUUAAACUGUGGCAGCUAAAGGCUUCCUAGUAUAGAGUUCAUCAGUGAGAUCACCUGUCACCUUACUGCACAGACAUGUUUGCCGUCCUCUUAACUAGUUACAGUUUUCUAUCUUUUUGUGUUUGUUGCUGGGGGUCAAAUCCAGGCCUCAAGCAUAUUUGCUAGGUUUUGUUUGUGUGUUUUGUUUUGUUUCGGUUUUUUCCCUGAGACAAGGAUCUCGCCAUAUAGUCCAGGGUAUCCUUGAAUUCAGAAUUGCAAUCCUCCUGCCUCAGCUCCCCUAGUGCUGGGAUUGUAGGUAUGGGCCAGGAUGCCCAGCACUGCUUUGGUUUUUAAUGGAACUGGUACAUCUGUCUACUCACAGAAAAUUCCCAAUGCCGUAUUUAAUAACUAACCUAGAUAGCUACUUGCGUUAAUCAGAAGAAAAUCCAUUCAGGAGGUCCUUUUUGAAACAAAAUGCUAUUCGAUUAUUAACCAAGCUAACAUACAUACCUUGUUUUCAAAAGCAUCUGUGUUUCUGAUGCGUACUGAACAAAUGUGUGAUUUCUUUCCUGUACCAGACUUUUGACUUCGUUUUCAAGCACUGUAAUUUGGGAUGGAUGGUUAGAAACAAUAAUAUAUUAGGGUUUCUAUUUAACCCUUUCAGGACUGAACUGUAUCUCCUGUUAUUAAUUUUCCCUGUAUUGUGAUAAUUGUUUGCCAGCAUUCAGUACUGUGUUGGUCCUGACGUAGGUUUAUAUAAAAGCUCAUCUUUAGCUUAUUUCUCGUACCUUGCAGCAUGCUCUACACAUUCAGUCCUUAAGGGGCUUACUUUGCAAACUGUGCGCCUGUAAGGUUUAUUAGCAAUAAGAUAGAAAAUUGAGCAAGUUUAUACCAUAAUUUUGUAGGAAAAAAAAUCUGCUCAAUUCCAUAUUUCAUCCAUGAAAAGUCUGCAAUGUGGGCAGUUUCAAGGACUAAAUAAAAGGAAAUGUAAACCACUGUAAACGCCUCUGUUGGGUGUGCCUGAUGCAUGUGUCUUCAUCUUUGAUUUUGGAACACUUCAUAAAGAUAAAAUUAAAUUCUGUAUGACAGUCUGUGUA